CGGUGGGGGUGUUGAAUGGGGCGAUGCAGAACGUGGUAAAAGGCUACAGUGUUGCUGUGACAGACAGUGUUACUGUAGCAAGCGCUGCACAAGUAUCCGAGUGCUCAGCUGGCUUUGCAACUGGUAUACAUGUAGCAACAGCAACAACAAUAAGACACUUCUGUCUCCCAUCCCUCUUUCCCCCCUCCCCUCACCCCAAACUCCCCCUCCUUUCAAGAGGGUCAAGAUGUCGGUUGCCGGCUUGAAGAAGCAAUUCCAUAAAGCCAGUCAGUUUGUUAGUGAGAAAAUGGGUGGAGCUGAAGGAACAAAACUAGAUGAGGACUUUGUAGAAAUGGAACGGAAAAUAGAGGCUACAAGCAAAGCCGUGGCAGAGGUUCUGUCUAAAACCACUGAGUACUUGCAGCCAAAUCCAGCCUACAGAGCCAAGUUAGGUAUGCUGAAUACGAUGUCAAAGAUCCGAGGACAGGUGAAAACAACAGGUUAUCCUCAGCCUGAAGGUCUGUUGGGUGAAUGCAUGCUCCGAAAUGGGAAGGACCUCGGAGAUGAUUCCAAUUUCGGCCCUGCAUUAGUUGAUGUCGGUGAAGCACUAAAGCAAAUGGCAGAAGUCAAGGACUCCCUUGACAUUGAUGUAAAACAGAACUUUAUCGAUCCGUUGCAAAUUUUACAAGAAAAGGACCUGAAAGAGAUUGGGCAUCAUUUAAAGAAGUUGGAAGGUCGCCGUUUAGAUUACGAUUACAAGAAGAAGCGCCAUGGUAAGAUCCCGGAUGAAGAGAUCAGACAAGCUGUAGAUAAAUUUGAAGAGUCUAAGGAGCUCGCUGAGAUCAGUAUGUUCAACUUUUUGGAAAAUGAUGUAGAGCAAAUAAGCCAACUAUUAGCUCUAGUGGACGCAGCAUUGAACUAUCACAAAGAAUCAACAACAAUUCUGGAGGAGCUACACAACACACUACAGCACAGGAUAACCACAGCCUCUAGCCGUCCAAAGCGUGAAUUCAAGCCCAAGCCUGUAGUUACGCUAUCUUUGGAGCUCUGUGAUAACCAGCCACAGAAUGGUCUUUCAUACGCUUCUUCGUUCAAGUCAUCUGCCAAAUCAUCCCCAUUCAGGUUCCUACGCAGGUCAAAACAUACAUUUUCACCUUCUUCUUGUACACGAGUGGAUCAGCCUUUCUGUAAAGCUCUUUAUGACUUUGACCCUGAAAAUGAAGGGGAGCUUGGUUUCAAGGAAGGUGACGUCAUCAUCCUGACAAAUCAGAUCGAUGAGAAUUGGUUUGAAGGCAUGUUAGAUGAUGAAUCUGGCUUCUUUCCAAUUAAUUAUGUUCAAGUGAUUGUACCUUUGCCACAGUGAAAACUACCUUUGGUCCGUUUUUGUAAAUUCUCGGAGAUCAACUCGUGUUGAAAGCCGACUAAGCACAGACAUUUCAUCGGUGUGGCAUUCUGUGAAAGCCUUGCUAUUUGAUCAACUUUUGUACAUGUCUUCUAUUUGUGUAUUUAUUUUUUUACAUGUUCCAUUUGUAUUGAGAAUGUUUAUGUCAUUUGCUACAGGAGUAAUGCAAAUCUAACCUAUUUCCGCGAUGAAGUUUACAGUUUCUAAGUAUAUGGCUUUAUCUAUUUAACUUUAUUUGUUAGUUCUGAGCAUCCUGUUGCUGAUUACAAUGGAGAAAUUUUCUAUCUAGCUGUAAUGAAGAAUAUUCUUGAUACAGUUUAAUUAUUGUGGUUAUAAUUAACUGUUAACUCCUUUUUUGGUUUCUGACAAAUGUUCUUGAGGCAUUUGAUUCGGCAGUGUAACUUAUUGUUAUGCAAUAAGAUGUCAUAAUAAAUAUGUGAACAAAAAACUGUAAUUUAAGUCACUUUAGCAUUUUGUUGUGCAGCUUUUCAUCAUGUAUGUAUUUGGAUUUUAUAUAUCCUGAUUGUUUUAAGAGCUGAAUGUAUUUCAUUUUCAUCUGAGGGCCACUGACCAUAUUUAAGAUUACACACAACACUCCAGGGUUCCGAAACAAAAACAGAAAUUGCUGGAA